AUGUAUGUCAGUAUCGGUCCCAUCAAUCUAGUAUCAGUCGACGACUCACGUGGCUGCUUGGACUGGCUGAGCGAGCACGAUUGGGAAACGGUGGUGUGCUUCAGCUUUGGAACCGCGAUAACGCCACCGCCCCACGAGCUGCAAGCCUUAUGUGAAGCCCGGAAGGAAAGUGAGCUCCCAUUUCUUUGGUCUUUUAGAGGAAACCCUGAGAAGCAACUGCCAUCGGGGUUCCUCAAAAGGACGAGCUCGAAAUGGAAGAUGGUUCCAUGGGCUCCUCAGCAGAAAAUAUCGGAACAUCCGUCUGUCGGGAUAAAGCUAGUUCUUGAGAAGGAAUGCACCGACAUUCUUGAUCCAAGUGGUUAA